GCCUUCUGCGCACACGUUGCAUGUGUGUUUAAAAAAAGGCCGUUUUUAAGGGCUGCGUGAGACUAAACGAACUGCAGGGGGCAUCCUCGCCCUUCUUCGCGGAGAUCACAACCAUUUAUCUUACUCUCGUAUGCAUUGCGAACACACACACACGCGCACUUGCACGCACCCCUCCUUCUGCCAGACUCCCAGGCCAAGCAACGUCGCCAUACGGAACAUCCUGCCCUCAUCCGACAGAGGGGGGAGGAGAGAGGGCGCCCGAGAGUGAGUGUAGAGUGAGAGAGAGAGCGAGAGAGAGAGAGGUCUGGCGUCUCCCGGUAGUAAAUCUAUCAGAAGCUCAAGUGAAGGAGACAGAGGACAGAAGAGACCUGAUACCGGCAGCAGCUCGAAAAUCCUUGGAUUAAAACAAGCCCCACUAGAAGGACGGAUGGUGGCGGGGACGCGCUGCGCGCUCUGAAGUUGGGACACGCUACCGAGACAACGGCAACAGCAGCCGGCCGCCGGAGCAGCUUCUGUGCCCUCCCGCCACCUCCCCCUCUCCCCGACCCCCCUCCCUCCCCCUGCUCUUCCUGAACCCCGUGGAGGCACCGGGACGCCGUGCCCGUGCACCCCGACCAUGAAGCUGCCUUGGCUUUUGGCGCUCGCGGCAGUGCUCGCCCACACCGCCACGGGACAGACCCGGUCCCAGUCUAUCGAUGACGAAGGCUCAGCGGGAGACGAGUUCUACGACGACGAGGACCUCUACUCGGGCUCCGGCUCUGGCUUUCCUGGGAUCAGUUCUAAGCCGACAUCGGCAGGUGUGUCCUUCACCACGGAGGAGCCCCUCUUCCUCUCCACCACACAGGCCACCGGCCCCGCCCCCUCCGCCUCACCCGCCGCCGAGCCGAGCCCCAACCCGGAGGACCCCAACGCCACCCUGCUGCCCACCGAGGCCGACGGAGAGAGCGGUGUGUUCACUGAAGGAGAGAGGGAGCUGGAGAAGGAGAGAGAGUUAGAGAAGGAGAGACAGAGAGAGCAAGAGAGGGAGAGGGAGAAGCAGUUGGAGAGGGAGAGAGAGAGGGAGAGAGAGAGGGAGCGCGUCCGAGAAAUGGAGAGAGAGAGAGAGCGGGAGCGAGAGAGGGAGCGCGAGAGGGAGAGGGAGAAAGAGAGAGAGAGACAGAGGGAGCGCGAACUCGAAAGGGAGAGAGAGCUGGAGCGAAUCAGGGCCGCCGCCCGGACCACCGCCGCCCCACGACCCCCCGCGGUGCCCACCAGCGCUCCAACAAGCCCCACAGAGAGCGCGCCGCCCGCGGCCGGCUGGGACGACUUGAGCACCACAGAAGAAGAAGAGGACGUCUACCUGUCACCUGAACCCUCGGCCGUUUACCCGGGCUCAAACAUGGAAACCACCACAGAGGAAGACAUGUCCACCACAGCAGAGCCCACCCCCGAGCCCACGACAGCCGCACCUGCCGCCACCACCACCGCCGCCACUGUCAAGACCAGGUUGCCCUUCAGGCCCAGGGUUCCCACGGCGACGGCCACUCCGGCGGUGAAGACAGCGAGGACGAUGCGUCCACAGCAGCCGACAGUUACACAGGAGGGCAACAACGAGGCGGGCGCCGCGGCGCCAAGCGGGGACUCCGAGGUCCGCGAUAAUCAGCCAAAUGAUCUCGGCCGAGGUGUAAUGCCAGUGGAUCCCGAUCUGAUCGGCAACACGGUGGACGGAGGAAGCUCCGCCGCCCAGCUGCCGCAGAAGAACAUCCUGGAGAGAAAGGAGGUCCUGAUAGCGGUCAUAGUGGGAGGAGUGGUGGGCGCCUUGUUCGCGGCCUUCCUAGUGAUGUUGCUGGUGUACAGGAUGAAGAAGAAGGAUGAGGGAAGCUACACACUGGAGGAACCCAAACAGGCCACCGUCACCUACCAGAAGCCAGACAAGCAGGAGGAGUUUUACGCGUAACGCUCCCAGAGACUGCCAGAGAGACACACCGCCCGCCGGGGGAGAGAGACAGAGCGAGAGAGAGAGAGAGAGAAAAGAGGAAGAUACUCUAAGCCCGGUGUACCUCGCCCUCCUCGUGCUCCUUCUCUUCUUCGUCGUUGCCUCCUCCUCGUCUGCUCGCCCCUCCUCCUCCCUCUCUCUCCUCUCGUCUCCAAAACAGUCGAGAGCGCCUCUCUCUCUGCGGACUUGGAACUUUCUUUUCAAUGAAAACGGAAAAGAGGGAAAAAAAAAAAAUCCAAAUAUAUUCUGAAAAAAUAACACAUACACAUGAGAUGUUUUUAAAGUGUUGUUCUUAAUAUUCUACAGAUUAUCUUGUUGUGUAUGUUAAUGAUAUGAUUAUUUUGUAAGAAAAUCAAAACAAAAACACAAGCUCUUGACUGUGUUUUCCGGUACAAAAAAAGUUCCUCUUCCAUUUUUUAUGGAGCGAUUGAAAAGGCUAAAGCGAGACGGGAGAGGAGAGGGGCGAGUAGAGCGAGACACAAAAGAAAAAAAUUCGAGGCUUGACUCUGCCCCUCAAACCCCCCCUCCCCAAAAAACACACAGAGCGUCUGGUUGGCCGCACAGAGCCAGAGGUCAAAGGUGAGAGGAAAGGUCUCUUUUGUGCCUUCCAUCCCUCUGGUGCUCAAAGACUCAUCAGCACAUCCACACGGCCACAUGAACACAUGCCUACGCACAGGCGCAUGCAUACACACACACUCUCGCAUCUGCUUGAAGGUGGCUGGGGCCUCGCGCUCUGUGCUCGGCCAAUCAGAAAACAGUGCUCGACCCUCGCUGUGUUUCACGAUGUCGAGGUUAAAGUUGUGUUUAAGCGGCCAAUCUGCUCCUCUAAGCUGUACAAAGACUAAUUCCGGAUAGUAAUAACAACCAAUAAUAUAUCAAUGUUUUGGGCGGGAUGGUGAGUAAUAAUAAUAAUGAUACCGUAAUAAUAAUAAUGAUAAUACUUAAACAGGAGGACGUGUAUUUAGCAGGUUAAAAAAAAAGUUUAUAUGUAAAUAUCAGCAUAUCCUUUCUGGCAUCACUAAUCAUCUGCAUGAUCAUGAAGAGUUUUUAUUCAUCACUUCUGUCAUCACUUUAGAUGAGCUGUGCUCUCGUCAGCCACAUGUACACACACACACACACACACACACACGCACGGACCCACACACACACACUCGCACACCCUCACACGUGCAGAUAUGUAACCUGCUGUGCAUUUAGAUACACCACACAGACGUUCAGUAUACUGUUAAUCAUGUCAAUAAAAGACAUAUCAAGCCCACCCCCACCAUUAUCAUCAUCAUCAUCGUCAUUGUGAAAGUCAUCACUUGUGUAAUGAGCAAGAUCAGGUGGUUUCAAUACGUUAUUGAUUAGUUAUCGAUCAGUUGCCGGUUGGUUUUGAGUUUGGUCUGUUUGUGUAAAAGCACAACGUCAUGUCCAGUCAUCGCGUCGUCCGACAAACCCCUUCCACCACACCCCUCCACGCACCUUCAGCAUGCCUCACUUUCUUUUUCUUCCACCAUUGGCUCUCUGUUUUGGGAUGGGAGGGGCCUCUGGGAAGCAGGGGGGGGGGGGGGGCGUUAAUGAAUAACCAGGAAGUAUAAAUCCUCGCAGUAAGUUGCACACAGAUGUGCUAAUUCAGUCCAAAUCUUUCCUCACCAAAGCAUUGGUUGUGAGAAGCAGAGGACUUUGGAUUAGUGUUCAUUGGGUCAACUUUAACUUUUGGGGAAGGAGACAACAGGGGACAACAGGGGACAACGGGGGACAACGGGGAACAGGGGUUCUGUUUGGGAAGAGGAAUGUCAGAACGAGGGCUGUGCUUCUAUCUAAAAGAUUGUAACAAUAACCACACCAGUGUGACUGGGCUAGUAGCUUCUAUUAUACUCAGUACUGUAGAAUAUAAAUGCAUGGGAGUCAACAAUAUACUAGUCUGGGUGUGUGUGGAUGCUUGUGUGUGUUUUGUGCGAUUUGAAAGAAAAUUGGGGACGAGUUAAGGUUGGAAUGUACUGUGGUUGAGUGUGUGUUUACCUACUCCAGCAGUUCUCACGCUCUUCCACAGACAGGUAACACACCUCCUCCACUUCUGUGUGUGUGUGUGUGUACGUGUGUGUAUGUCGCCAGUGUGAGAAUAUACGUGUGUGCGUUUGUACGUGUGUGUCUACACUUCAUCUAAACCCGCCACCCGUGUGUGUGUGUGUGUGUGUGUGUGUGCGUGUGUGUGCGCCUAAGCUUUUCACCUUGGUAUUUCACAGCAGACUCUUGUGUACACUGACCGGCCCGUCGACGUGCUCCUGAGUGUGUCUGCGAGUGUUCUCGUCAGUUCACCGCUGAGCGAGGGACAGCUGGUCCUCGCAGUGGCUUUCACACACACACUGACUGUGUCUUUUCACUGUCCAACUGUCUGCCUGUCUGUCUCUCGCGGCCAGACGACACGCCACUUUCUUCACAGGCAGGAAUGAUAUUAACACGUACUGUCUUUUUUAAAGUGACUGUCAAAGUGUGUGUUUGUACCCAUUUAAGCCUGCGUAGCCAAAUAAGAUGUGUGUGUGUGUGUGUGUUAUAAAGAGGGUGAAUUUGUACGUGUGUGUGUGUGUGCGUGCGUGUGUGUGAAGCCCAACGGAGGCUACACUACUCUAUGUUUGCUGUUCCCAUUCCUGUUUUUAUACAUUUGCAUUUUUUUAAGGCUGAGUUUCUGUCAUUGGCUGAGUGAGCGAGAGGAGGCGGAUCCUCCACGCCACCGCCCUGUCACUAAUCUGCCACUCUGUUCCAAAUAAAAAAACCUGGUUGGGUAAAUCUC